UUAGACUGUCAGUUAUUUUCUUGUAUUGUUUGUAUACUAUGGUUUAUAGAUAAAUAAUAAGUGAAGGAAUGGUGUUUAAAAAUAAUAAUGCUAAGAUAAUCCUGAACAUAUCUUUGCAAAACUUAAUUACUAAUUUUUCUAGCAGUGAUGUGAUACAAACUUAGGGAUUUUAUUGCCCUUUGCUUGUACUGAGACACAAAAGAUUAACUUUUAUUAUUAUCAACUGUGGUGAUUCUUAUCUUUAGAUACUUAAAGACACUUUUAUGUAGAACCAGCAGAGAGCGACCCUGGAGUUCAAAAUGGGAGAAGUAAAUAAAGAUAAGCGAAUAUACUGUGAAGUGUGUGGUGUAGUGGAUGAGUUUUAUGAUGAAUAUCCUAAUGUAUUCCAUGAAAACACUCCAAAACAUCUCUGCAAUUCUAUACUUCUAAAUGUGAAGAACAACAAGGCAUUCUUCGCCGGCAAUCGUGAUGGUAUUAUCAUUUUGGGCUCAGUCGAGAGUCAACCUCAUGGCGAUGACGUCAUUGAAAAAAUUGAAGAUAGUAGUAAGCGGAAAUUAAGAAUCAAUGUGAAGCCGGGCCAAGGAGCCAGAUUCACAUUCAGUAUGGCCAACGACAUGCGCCAAGAAGAUCUGGUUGUAGUUGGUGUGAUACUGGCGCAUCCACAGCCGCAAUUCUUAGUCAGCGACCAUCCUUAUGAGUUUGGUGGAGAACCGCACGUGUUGGCUCAAAAAACCUGUGUACCGAAUGCUGUGGUUAUUGACUUUAUCUCCGCUGACAUCGGCCAGUACGAGAUGCCUAUAAUAUUCACUUUCUUCAAACCCCGCCUGGAGAAGAGUUUGAUCGUCAUGCGUGAAAUGGUUGUAUAUGUCCAGGAGAAUCCAAUUAACUACGUGGCCACCAAAAGUCCUUACGACAAUAGGUCUUGGGAAAAACCGGACCAUUUCAUACCGUCAACUAACGUGAUGAGCCCACAAAUGUACAAAGUUCCUAAACUGAUGAAAAUCCUCUUCGCACGAGGUUUGCGCGAAGACGCACUGGACGGGCUAAAUUAUCCUGAAGAGAUUAUGGAACAGCUGAGAAUAUACCUUAGAGAUACAAGAGCUAUUCUCGACGAGGGCAUAACAAAAGAUAAUUACAUAACAUAUUUUCGUAAUUUGCUUUGGUGGGAAGAAGUUAUUGAGAAAAUAAAUUUAAGAAAAUACAACAUGACCAAAGUAAAAUUGCAAAAGGAGGGCGUUUUCUAUAUGCUGGAAAUACCAGGAUUAGCGGAGAAGCGGCCUUCUUUAUUGCGCGGGGAUAGAGUGAUACUUUGCCCUGUAGAUAAUACUAAAGUGAAUUUUGAGAGCUACAUCAAGAAUUUGGAGGACACCAGGGUUCAGUUAGAUGGAUUUGCUGACAGUUUCCACGAGCACUUCGGCCCUGAAGUGGAAUUCAACGUGCGGUUCCUGAUGUCGCGGGUGCCUGUCGAGCGGAUGCACGAAGCUUUGACCAAGCUGCACAGCAGCAAGCAAAUCUGCAGGGUGUUCCCGGAGCCCAACAGCAAGCCCAAGCUGAAGAACAUUGACAGUUUCUACAACCGUCUGAUCCAAAACAACGCGGAGCAGCGGUCGGCUGUGCAGCAUAUAGUGUCGGGCACGUCCGGCAAGGCGCCCUACAUCGUGUUCGGCCCGCCGGGCACCGGCAAAACUAUGACGAUAGUCGAAGCCAUCAUACAGUUGGUGGUGAGUAAUCCCCGGAACCGGAUACUGGUGUGCACGGACUCCAACAUGGCGGCCGAUCACAUCGCUGUCAUGCUGCUGCAAUAUAAAAAAGUUCUCAAUAUAAGCAACUAUCUGCUUCGCGCCAACUCGCAGUCCAGGGAAUGGACGGUGAUGCCCCCUGUCCUAGCUCCCGUGUCCAACGGGACCAACCACGAGAACUUCUACUCUGUCAGCAACGUGCAAAUGGCCACCUACAGGGUAGUCGUAACUACGCUGUCCCAUGCUGCCAAAUAUGCUUCACCACGCAGUCAACACGCGCACAAAUUGCAAAUGACGCACCUGUUCAUCGACGAGGCUGCGCAGGCGUCGGAGCCGGGCGCGCUGGUGCCGGUGAGCGGGCUGCUGGCGCGCGCCGGCCGCCUGGUGCUGGCCGGCGACCCCGAGCAGCUCGGGCCCGUCUGCAUCUCGCGGGAUGCGCACCAGCGCGGGCUGGGCACGUCCCUCCUGGCACGGCUGUACAGAGACUACGAAGACCUCUACUCAGGGGACGCCAACUACAUCACGAUGCUCAUCAAGAACUUCCGGUCGGAUCCCGACAUCUUGAAAAUACCUAACGAGUAUUUUUAUAAGAAUAACUUGGUGCCGCAGGCGAAACCGGACCCGCUGAGCAAAGUGAGCAUCCUAGGCCUCCCGGGCGGACAAAGAGCAAUCGUGUUCCACGCCGUGCACUCCGUAGAGCAACGGAUGGGAAACGCGCCCAGUUACUACAACGAACGAGAACUGGACAUGGUCAAGAGGUACAUCAAGGCCUUGGUGGAAACGCAUCGAGUGAACCCCGAAGAAAUCGGCGUGAUCGCGCCUUACAUCAGACAGGUGUACAAAGUCAAGGGUUGGUUGACUAGCGAGAAGUACGAGAAGAUUGAAGUGGGCACCGUGGAGUCUUUCCAGGGCAAAGAGAAGAGGGUCAUUAUUGUGUCCACGGUCCGGGCGAACUGCAAGCUUCUGGACUACGACGCUAAGUACAGUCUCGGAUUCUUGGUCGAUGAUAAGAGAUUCAACGUAGCCCUGACCAGAGCAAAGUCCAAGUUGAUCAUAAUCGGCAACCCGGCGUGCCUCGUCCGCGACAAAAAGUGGAGGGAAUACAUGGACCUCUGUCGCGAAUUCGAAUGCUACUUCGGACAUGAGUCCCAGCAGUUGGAGCGAACAGCCGCCAUGCAUUUAGAAGUGAAAUCCAGACUUAGCAAGUCUAGGGUCCUCGACGCUCUCAAAGAGAGAGACGAGAAUGACAAGGAAGAGAAGAAAAAAAAUAAGAAAAAAAAUAAGAAGCAAAAAUAAGAAGCAAAAAUAAGAAGAAAUAUUUAGAUUGUUUAGAAUUAUAUUUGUAAGUUUCACACAUAUAAUUCUAAACAAUCAGAGAUGAGUAUCAUAUACAACACUCCUCUUUUCCGGGUAGGCAGAGUUAGUAUUCACCACGACUCUGCUUGAUACUGUGCAGUUCUUGUUAUUUUACACAAUUUUAUGUGACUUGUGAUAGCCUCGAGCCGUAAGGGAUAAAGAUGUCAUGUGUGAUAAUAUUUUAACAAAUAUUUUUUUACAAAUUUCUGUCUAACCUGCUGUAAGCUUGCAUUUAUAUGUAUAGAAUAUUGUUUUUGUUAAAGUAAGACGGGACCAACCAUGUUUGCUGGUGAAUUUUCGUCUAUAUGACAAACAUAUCUUGAACAGGGUAUUAACGUAUUGUGCUUGAUUUUUACGUUCACUCUAUUUGAUAAGAAAAUAAAAAAAAAAAAAUAUUUUUCCAUCUUCCAUUAUAGCCGUGUAAUCUAGAAAACGAUGGCUCUUUGAAAACAUUUUCCUUUGUGUAAUUGAAUUUUUAAAUUUUACUAAAUAAAAAACGUAUUAUGUAAAUUAUUUUUAAAUUUAGGUUCAUGAUUGAGCCAUCUGGAAGUAGGAACCUUACAGUCUGGUAGAUACUGUUGGUUCUGAAGCAGACACAGUCAACAGCCUCGACAAGACUGAAAUAAUUAAGGUAUAAAGACGUGAUAUUUAAUGACAAUUUAAAGGUGACAAAUAUUUGUUUAACAUUAAAAAAUAAAAGUCCACUAUGACUUGUCUUCUUAUGAAUUUUUUAUACCAAAAAGUUACACAUACCAAAAACAAACUUUCAUAAGAAAAUUUGCAUUCCAAGCUCCGAAGAAAUGUAACCUUUAUAUUUACAGGCCAAACUGUAAGUUGCGUCGGUUUAAAAUAGAAUUAAACUUUGGAUGAUGAAUCAUAGUUUAAUUUGAAGGUGCCAUAUAAAUGGCAUUAUUGUUAAUCCUUUUCUUUUGGUGGGUUAUAAAUUGUUUUUUAUGUUUUGUGAUACAUUGUUAUCAGCUAAUUUUGUUUGUGUAUAUUCUUUUUUUUAAAUCAUAUUGACAGAUGUCGUCGAAAUUUACCAUAAUGGUGAAUGUUUAUUUUUGUAGCUUUUAUUUCUAUUAAAUAUCAUAGGGGUGCUAUUAGAAAAUCAUUUUAGCGAGGCAAGGUUCACACAAUAAAUAAAUAAUAUAGAAUAAAUAAAUGAUUAAAUGAUUGCAAAGGGUUUAGCCGGAUACGUAUGACGAGUCGGCCCCCAAAUGGGAAUCGAUAUCGAAACUUUUGUUUUAAUAUCGACUUGAUGUUCAAACACGAUUUAUGUACUUUUCGCGACCGACUUCCGCUUUGACCUUGAGAUAGAGAGCAAAAUAUCCGUAUGCUUGACUAUUACUGAAUGUGAUACAUCUCUGAAGCUAAUUAAGAUAGGGAAGUGAAACUAACGCAAGGUGUUAGGUUACAUUACAGAGUAUAUCACAUACCUAUAUCUGUUUCGAUAUCGAUUCCCAUUUGGGGGCCGACUCGUCAUACGUAUCCGGCUAAACCCUAUAGUGCAAAUACUUAAUUCAAUUUUCAAUAAGUAUUAAUAUAAAUACAUAAGUUGCGUAUCUGUUGAAUACAUAUAUUCACUGAAUUAUACUUAUUAAUACCUUAUUUGUGAGGAACAUAUAGAUUGAGAUUUUAGAGAUUGACUUUAUUAUUAUUUUAUAUAGAUAUUAAGAUUAAGCUAGGAUUAUUUUUUAUAUUUAGAAUGUCCGUCGACAUUCCAAAUCGAUGUUUAUGUAACGGAGUUUAUUCCAUGUACCUGCUCCAUUAUGGCCAAUAUAAGAAUGUAGAAAUUGACUUCUGCCAAAUACUGUAAUUAUAACUAUGCGUAUUUUUUUUUUGUUAAAUUCAAUCAUCAAGCGAACUUUAGUUACAUGUUGGAAAUAUAAUAUUAUUUAAUCUUAACUACCUAGAAACAUCGACAUACAUCUACAAUAAGUAAAAAUAUAUUUUUUUAUCUAUUAUGUAAACUUUAUUGAAUUACCAUUGAUUGCAAUAUGAUAGAAUUUAUGAUUGAUUUUAUUAUAAUUAAUUUACUGUGUUUAUUCUAAUUAUUUUGUAAUAAGGUUUAAGACAAUAAAGUGACAUGUUUGUAAACUA